AUGGAUCAAAUAUUUGCACCAGAAUAUUUUGAUACGAUUUUUAGAUUUCUUCCGACUAAUAAAGAUUUACAUUCUUGUCUCUUAGUUAAUAAGCAUUGGGCUGCUUGUACCGUUCCAAUUUUAUGGGAAGCACCCUUCAGAAUUAAAAGCGAAUAUAUUCCAUCUCCUAAAGUGAUCAAUACAUAUCUCGCAUUUAUACCAGAUAGCAUUUUUUUAAAAUUUGGAUAUAAAGAAAGAAUUGGAUUGUCGACUAUUAAGCCACUUUUUUUUAAUUAUCCAUCAUUUCUUAAAGAGUUCUCAUAUGACCAAUUCCUUACUGCAGCUAUAGCGAAUAAAUGCUGUAAAAAUAUUAUAAUUGAAUUGUUUAAAAUGCUUGCUAUGAAUGAUGUAAUAUUACGCCAAUUUGUUAUCUAUAGCUGCUUUAAUCAUUAUUCUAUAAACCUAGAUAAUAUAGUAUCUUUGGUUCCUCUCCAUUUUUCUGAAUGCGCUUCUAUAUUUAGUGGGUUGACUUAUUUUAAUUGUAGCUAUCAAUGGCCAACGCAAAAAACACGACUUUUUGAUAUAAUAGCAAAGAACUGCCAUAAUAUUAAAAAUCUUAAAGUCAGUAUUUACCAUGAAGAUGAAGGAAUAGCUUUAUCGGCUCUUAUCUGUUCUCAAAAGCAUUUAAAAAGGUUCUCUCUAAUUAACAGUAAUGAUUUUGCAUCACUUCCUAUCCAAGCUCUUGUGAAUCAAAAACACUCACUUAACAGUGUAGCAUUUGAAGACAUGCAUUGCAAUCAUAAUUUAAAUAAGACAGAAUUUUUUAAUUAUGCUAUUUGUCAAUUAAAUAACAGUGCUAUUAGCGUAUUGACUCAGUGCACAAAAAUCAGCAAAAUGAAAUUUAAACACAUUGAAGGGCUUAACUCUUCUGAAUUUCUUCCUCUUGCCACCGCUUUUUCAAACUUAACGUCUUUAGAAUAUUCUUAUGGUACUUAUAACAUUUAUGAUAGUGCAGCUCCCAUUGAAUUAUUAUCUGGUCUUAUUAUGACAAGUUGCAAUACACUCAAACGAAUUAUGCUUGAUUGGCAUUCCCAUGAUGAUCUUGAUAUUACUCAGCUUGUCAAAAUUAUUGCACAGUAUGUGAUAAGCCUCGAAUAUUUAAAAAUUCCACUCUAUACAUUAGAACAACUUGCUCAAAUUCACAAAACUCAUAAUCAAUUAAGGAAACUUGAAAUUAAUAUGGGUGGAAGAAUAAAUCCACAUUGUGCACUUUCUCUUCUUGCAAAUGUUCCGCUCAAAAGCCAUAGGCAUUCAAUUCGAUUGAACUUUGACUAUCAUGAAAAUUCAACCCUAAAAUUCAAUUUAUUAAAUCGGAUCUUUGAAUCUAUUUUCUACAAAAAUGCUUUUAAAAAACUAUCCGAGACUAAACUUCUUGAAUAG